ACUCGGAGGGAAAGGGAAAAGAAGCAAAGAAAGCGGAAUCGAUGUCUCGAUAACGGUAUAGAACAUUAGAAACUUGGAGAAAACUCUGCAACAUUAUAGUAAAACCCUGCUAGAACCUUUGCUCAGUGCUCACAAGCGUAUGCAGAAAUCCUAAUUUCGUUAUUUGAACCUCAAAUCUUCUUCAAAGUUGCAGGAAUCUGUUUCUCUUCUAUCGGUUCAAUGGAACAAGGUCCAGGCCUGGAAGAUUGCUUGAAGCUAUUGAAAGGAGAGAGAGACGAGCAACGACUAGCAGGCCUGCUUCUGGCGACUAAAUUCUGCAAGGGCGACGACCAUGCUUCUAUAUGCAGGAUUUAUGAUGCAGUAGGAGAUCGUUUUCUCGAUCGUCUUCUCAGGACUGGCAUGGGUAAAGGAGUGAUCAGGGGUAGGGAAAGUGAUGAUCUUGACGCCUAUUUACAGCUUGCGGUCACAGUUCUUGCUGCUUUCUGUCGUGUUCCGGAGAUCGCUUCAUCGAAAGAAAUGGUUUCCAAAGUUCCUCUUCUACUGGAAAUUUUGUCGAAGGGAGUGGAUUCGUCUGUUUAUGAAGAAUGCUAUGAAUUUUUAUUUCUGGUGUCUGUGGCUUCUGAAGAUGGACUUACAACAUUAUAUGACUCUGGGGUCAUGAAUGUGCUUACUUCUCAUGUUUCUAAUUUGCCUGAUGGUUCUCACUCCUUGGAGCUUUCCAUGAGACUUAUGCAGUUAAUAUUGAGCAAACUACCUCUGGACAUCAUAAAUACAGAAUAUCCAUUGGAGUUGUCAAAAAUGGUGGCUGCAAUGGCUAGGCAGUUUGCUGUGUUGCACACUGCCCUUAAAUUUGAAGCCCUGCGCUUACUAUCUGCCAUUCUGUCCUCAAAAUAUGCGGCACCAUUGCAUGAUGCUCUUCGGUCAGUGUCAAAUGAUUCAUGGGCAACCUACAUGCGCAUUGGUAUUGUGGCAGUUUUACAGGAUCGUGUUGCUCCUUCUGACAAGCUUCAGGCUCUUAUUUUGGCGGAAUCUAUGAUGUCUUUGCUGGGAGAAGGUUGGCUGAUUGAUCAGAAGAAUGUACCUGAUGUGCAAAAUCCUCUUCCAGUUGACAGGUGCCUAUUGCUUGUCUUGGAGUCUUCAAGGGUUGAAGUUGCUGUUCUUCUCAAUGACAUUGCCUACUUGAAAUAUGAAGCUUCUAAGAGUUCAUCAACCACUGCUGAAACCAUACUCUUAAGGCAACGGGACCUGGCCAUAGCAUUUUCUUUAAUAGAGAAAAUAAUUAAAGUGAUUUCUAAUGGCUGUGGAGAAGGAGGGGGCCCUAUUAGUGAAAGUACUUUAACAAAGGUGAUUACUCAGCUUAAUGAGACAACUGAUGUAGUUCUGGAAUUUUUGCAAGAUGCAAAGGAGCAUGGGAAAAGGAAAGGAGAUGAUCUUCUAGCUUCAGUACGAAUAAUUGGAAGCUAUCUGGCAGAAGCACCCUCUGCCUGCAAGGAAAAAGUUCGGGAACUUCUACCAUAUAUUCUCUCGAUUGAAGGUGAAGAGGAACAAAGGCCAUUUUACUCUGUACGCUUUUUGCUUCCAAUGCUGUGCCAAAUAACAAUGAAAAGUCAAGGAUGUAAGGUCUUGGCUUCAGUUGGAGGACAUAAAGCCGUUGUCGAGUGCCUUGUGAAAUUGAUUGAUGCUAAUAGUCCAAUGAUGGAUGAUGAUGCUACCAUAUUCUUGGCUUGUGAUACCAUCAUGAAUUUUUUAUUGAAGAGAGAGGAAAUUGGAGUUCAAUUGGAUGCAUCUAGUUCUGCUCAUCUUUUAAGAGCAUUGGCAUCUUGGGCAGAUGACACUGACGAUCCAUCUAUUAUAAUGAUGGCUUCAAGCAUUUGUUCUCUUAUCUUUGAUUCAACAUCAGAGGAGGUGAUUCUAAAGCAGCCUGGCUUUGAAAACCACACUCUUAGUGGUUUGUCACGGCUCAUAGCGAGAAGUUUGGCUACAUGUGGACAGGAGAUGUCUGCUGAUGCUAAAGCAGAAAUUGAUCUCCACGAGAUUGUUACUGCAGGAUAUGCUCGUUGGGCUCCACGGUUCCCACAUAUCAAGCAAGCUGUUGAGAGAUAAUGUGCUUCGAUGAUUGAAACUUCUGUUUCUAUCUAUUUUAGUAUUACAGAUGGGCAGGGGGCACAAGCGAGGGAUGAUGCAUGUUAGACCACUCAUUUCUGUGGAUUAAUCUAUAACUGUUUGAAUUCAAUCCUCGUGAACAGGUCAUUUUGAGCAUUGUUCUCAUGCUACCACCAUUGUUGCAUUUAUGUUUAUCAAGUUGCCUCUGACAUUCUUUCCUCGCAAAUUGUAAAUUUAUGGCAUUUAUUUGGAGCCAAGGAUUAAAGUAUUGAUAUGAUGUUUAUGUUUGGAUACA